UUACCCGCAUCCGUGCUUUUGCUGAUGGUUGCUGUGUGGAUGAGAGAGAGAGAGAGACAGACAAUGGGGAAAGCAAUUGGAUUGCAUUACUCUGCCAAGGAUUUUCAUACAUAGGCUGUGUGGUGAAGGGCCAAUGCAGGGCUAUAGCCCCAGGCUGCUGAGCUGAGAGGGAGGAGAAGCAGGAGGAUGCAGUGGGUCACUCUGGCAGUGACCCUGGGGUGUGUUUGUCUGUCCCGGGCAUCGCACACCCCCACCCCCACCCCCACCUCCACACACACCCCUCUCGUGGACAACUCUGAGGAGGAAGUGGACGAGCCGUGCUUUGAGCCGUGCACGUGCGAGGUCAAGGAAGGCGUGCUGCAUGUGCACUGCGAUGGGCGUGGCUUCACUAACGUCAGCCAGGUGUCACAGUCAUGGGUCCGCCCUUUCAAUCUCAACCUCCAGAGGAACUCUCUGAGGCGUCUCUAUAGCAACGGGUUUCAGCACCUAGGCAACGCAGUGUUGUUAAACCUUGGCAACAAUGCACUCCAGGACAUCCGAGUGGGAGCUUUCCAUGGUCUGGCAAAACUGAGACGCCUGUACCUCCACGAAAACAAGCUGGAGGUCUUCCGGAAUGACACCUUCGCCGGCUUAGAGGCUCUGGAAUACCUGCAGGCUGACUACAAUGUGAUCAAACGCAUUGACAGCGGUGCUCUGAGGUUCCUCUACAAGCUUCGAGUUCUCAUCCUCAAUGACAACCUGAUCCCUGUCCUGCCUGCUCAUCUGUUCAGAUCAGUAUCUCUGACUCAUCUCGACUUGCGGGGAAACCGUCUGAAGAGCCUGGCAUAUGCUGGGACCCUGGAGUACGUCGGCCGCUCCCUGAUGGAGCUUCAGCUGGAGGAGAAUCCUUGGAACUGUGGCUGCGAGGCGGUGCAACUGCAGCAGUGGCUGGGCCAAAUCCCCUACACGGCCGUGGUGGGGGACGUUACCUGCGAAUACCCCUUCCAUCUCCACGGCAAGGACCUGAGGGAAAUCCCCCGUAAAGAGCUGUGCGCUGGCCUCCCAGAUAAAGAACUCCAAGCAGAAGGGGUCGGUCCAUCAGGAGGGUCACAGCCACAAAAUGUUCCCCCAAACACUAAACCCAAUUCCCAUCCAGGACGGGUCAGGCCCACAAAACCCUCGUCCAUGGUUCACGGCUCCCGUCAGAACACUCACACUUCCUCCACUUCAUCAUCCUCGUCUUCUUCAGCCGAGCGUAAAGACAGGGAGAGGCACCCGAGGCCUACUAAGAGACCUCGACCGUCUAGAACGCCCCCCACAGCUCGAAGUCUGAUACCAAACCAAAACCCCCCCAUAGCCGGCUAUCAGACCCGACCCCCGAUCCCAAUCAUCUGUCCCCUGGGCUGCACCUGUAACCUGCACAUCAUAGACCUGGGCCUGACGGUCAACUGUAAGGAGAAUGGCAUCCUCAACAUUUCCCAGCUCACGCCUCGGCCCCUCAACGGCCGGAAGCUCUACUUAAGUGGGAACUUAAUCCAGAGGAUCUACCGUACAGACUUCUGGAAUUUCUCCAGUCUCGACCUGCUUCACCUUGGCAAUAACCGCAUCUCAUACCUCCAGGAGGGGGCCUUCUCCAGCCUCAUAAGUCUGAGGAGCCUCUACCUGAACGGGAACAAUCUUGAAAAGCUCAGCCCUGACAUGUUUCUGGGUUUACAGAAUCUAAGGUACCUUUACACAGAGUACAAUGAAAUCCACGAGAUCGACCCUGGGACCUUCAACACCAUGCCGUCUCUCCAGUUGUUGUUCUUGAAUGCCAACUUGCUGCAGAACCUCCCUCUCGGUGUGUUUUCUGGAGUUAACCUUGCACGCCUCAAUCUGAGAAACAACCAUCUUCUGCAGCUGCCCAUGGAGGGCGUCCUAGAGCACCUGACAGGACUUGUACAGGUGGACCUGCAGCAGAACCCAUGGGAGUGCAACUGUGAAGCAGCUCCGCUGAAGCGCUGGCUGGAGGGGCUGAGCGCCGUGGUGGUGGUGGGAGAGGUCGUGUGCCAUUCCCCAGAAAAGACCAGAGGCGUGGACCUGCGCUCCCUCUCCAUGGAGCUGCUCUGCCCUGAGCUGGAGCCCCAGGAGGAUCAGGAGCACGAGGAGCAGACGGCCACCUCCUCCAGCCCAGACCCAGGAGUGUCAGCCGACUACCCCGGCUCAGACCUGGGCCCUCUGAUCCCCCCAGGGAAAGAUUCAAUCCCUCUGUCGGUGUUAGUGCUCAGCCUGCUGGUGUUGUUUGUCUCCGCAUUCUUUGCAGCUGCGGCACUAAUCGCCUACGCCCUGAGGAGGAGGGACAAGCUGCCAUUCCGCCGCCAGGGAGAGGUGGAUUUGGCGGGCAUGGAGUGCGGAAUCUUCACGGAGCAGACACACCACCACCAUCACCACGGUCUCCCACAGACGCCGCCACCGCUACAACCGCCGGAGCAUAACCACGUCUACGACACCAUCCUGCCCCCCGAUUCUGCCCCCAAGGGUCCUGACCCCGCCGCGCACAUGUGCAACAAUCCAAUCUACAAAGAGGAGCAGGACGCAGCCGUGAAACAGCGCUCGCCGCCACAGCUGCAACAGCCGAGCGAGGCAGGGUAUUGCCCCGCGGUCGAGAAAGAUCGGGACUGGAGUCUGGAGGUGUCGUCAUCACCCAUCAGCACCGUCACCGGAGCCAUGGGUCCCCUCGCCGGCCUCCAUGGCAACGGCAUCCUCUGCCCGACAGUCAUCGACAGCCAGGGUCCCACUCCGAAGGUGGAACUGGUGGACUGCCUCUUCAGAAUCCCCGCCCCAGAGUUCCGAGACCUGCCAGACAGGUACGCGAGGCCGCCGCCCCGCUAUCCUCACCCGCAAGACUCGGCUAAGCAGGACGCCAGAGCCGAACUCAUCGUAACCACUGCCAGCUCCAGCUCCAGCGGUGCCGGCCAGAGCGAGCAGGGGGCGGCAGAACCCAGGGCCCGGCUCAGGACCACACCGGACUACAUGGAGGUGCUGGACCGGUCAUACCAGUUUUAACCGAGCCCCUCCCCCCUCUUUCUUCUCUCCCUGCAACCCCUCUUCUCUCGUCUCCUCAUCAUCUCCCUCUCCGGUGAUGAAUCAUCCAGUAACAAUGACUCGUGUACAGAGGCUGCUGUGGCUUUCAGAGGGGCCUGUGGGGGAGUGGGACUACACUACAUGCUAUGUUUAUUCCUGGAUAACCAGUUGAGGUGA